GUGUUGUUCUUGUGGCACGUAAUAUUGACGGCAUUCUUAAACACAGCUCGAAACUUCAAAUUGAAGAACUUUGAAUACCACAUAUCGGAUAUGGCAAAGAAUGAUUGAAUGACCGACGCAUUUCGAUCCUUUCAGAGCGAAGGACGGGACCCAGCCAGAUGAUUUAGCCCUGCUCGACAGUUCCGUGCUCCGCAAGACGGUCUCCCCGUCGGAGGAAUCGAACCUGCAGCCCGACACCAGUAGCAUGACCGUUCGGUCCCACAGUGCCUACACGACCGCGGCUCAUUCACCACCUUUAGACAUGGACAGGAUCUUGGGCAGCGGCUUGUUCCAGUGGGUCAUCGUGGCCUUCGCUCACCUGUCGUCCGCCCUGGUCUUUAUUCAUCACAUGUCCAUGCAGACGUUUCUGCUGCCUGUGGCGUACUGGUGCCGGCCUCCCGCCGACGCCAACGUGAGCGCCAGCCGCUGGAAGGCGGAGAACAUCCCGCUGCGGCCAGACGGCACGUACAGUCAGUGCACAAUGUACCCACCCGAAGCGCCCGAGGUAAACGGCACGCGCGUCGAAGUGGCCUGCACCGAGUGGCAGUUCGACCUGCUCCCGAGCGAGACCACGAUCGUCAGCGAGUGGAACCUGGUGUGCGAUCGCGCCUGGUACGUGCCCGCCGCCUUCGUCUACAACAGAAUCGGCGUCGUCAUCUCGGUGCUCUUUUUCGGCCAGAUAUCGGACAGGGUUGGCCGACUGCCCGCUGUCUACGCUUGCACAGUCCUCACUGUGGCAUCCGCCGGCGCCGCUACGCUUGCGCGGACAUUCAUACACUUCAUAGCCGCCCGGAUUCUUCUGGCGGCAUCGCUGAGCGUCCUCGAUAUCUCCAUGGUUGUCAUUCUGUUCGAGAACUCGGGCGACAAACACCGGGAAGGCUAUUUCUGCCUGGCCAUGACCGGAACAGUCGUUGCAAGCAUCCUGGCUGAGGCGCUAACCCUACCGCGGCGGAAUUACAAGGCGCUGGAAGUGGUCACUUUCUCCCUCACGAUGGCACUCGUGCCAGUGUUCUGCCUUGUGGGCGAGUCCAUCAGCUGGCUUCUGGUAUCCAACAAUGUCGAGCAGGCCGAGAAGGCGAUACAGCGCGCCGCUGCGUGGAACAACCACCAGAUCAACGAGGAGAGCUUGUUCUUCACAGUCUCAUCCUUUCGUGCCCCAGCGGCACUGCCGAAAAUGAACUUCCUCACUUUUUUGGCCAGCAAGGAAUUGUGGAAGCGAAACGCUACGCUCUGCUGGACUUGGUUCAGCAUUCUGCUGUCCUUGUACGGUAUGAACCUGAACGGCCCGUCAGAAGAACCCUGGCACCUCUUGUUACUCACCGUAACGAGGGCUGCCUCGAUUUUGCUAUUCUGGGUAUUCUUGCUGGCUAGUCCCCGCAAGAGUUUGCUCACACUAGCGCUGCCGUUGACCUGCUGCAUGUUGCUUUUGUACGGUAGCCUCAAGGCCGAGCACGAAGGACACCUGACAUGGAUCCUCGGCGAGAUAAUCGUGAGCAUGCUCCUCGGAGAAGCCACCGCCGUAAACGUAUUUACGCUCGAGUUGUACCCGACCGUAGUGCGGGGCAUCGGGUUCUUUUCCGCCUACUUCUGCGGGCAGCUCGGGGCUACCUUAGGGCCGCUUCUGCCGCAACUCGAAGCCCAUGUGUUCCCAACUGCCGCCAGCGUGUUCUACUUCGCAGCGCUAUUCACUGCCACUUUCCUCAUCAGGCUGCUUCCGGAAACCAAACGCCAGAAGACACCGCAAACAAUGCAGGAUAUCCUGCCCUGAAUCGGAGUUGAAUGGAGGAGGUAGAUAGAUGUGUAAUUUCCCUUUGAUUCUUGACUAACCUUUGCAGACUGAUAGCAAGCGAUAUCAUGCUCCCCGCUGAUUGCUGUUGUGUCGUACAGAUGACCGAUGGCGUAGAUUAUCGUGGUUUUCGUGUUUCUUUCGUGUAUGUUAAAGCUCAAAUGAAGACACAAGUACGAACAGCGUAAUCUUAAUAUCCUUCUCUUCAAGGAUACAGUAUCCGCCGGAGGUCGCUGUGUGCGUGCCUGCACCCAGAAUAACGUAUGGCGUUACCGUCAAUCUAUUUUUUGUUGUCCUUUAUCAACUCGUAUUAGCGCUGAACCGAUGGCAUAUUUCUGAAUCUGCCCAUCAAUACUCGUGCUAUUCAAUUUCAGGUGCUGUGCAUUUGCCUGGUCAAUGCAGAAAUCAAUUGUUUCACGAAUUUAUAUCCAACCAAUAAAGACAAGAGUUGUAGAUUGUAGGCGGGUGUGGUCUCCGAGACAACGGAAAGUGAGGUUUGUUGGUGAUGUCGAGGGUAACCAAUAUAAGAAACCUACGAUAAGCCACUAUAAAAAAAACUCUCAGCCCAAGCACUCCGUACAGAUGGUUAACCAGCGAAGCUGAAACGUGAGGCCCUGGUGUUUGUCAUUGGGUAAAUCCCGACGCUUCAUUAAGAGUUUCUCAAUUAUUGGUUACGUCUUUGUGUUUCUUAACGAGGCUGCACACACGUUCGGCUGCGACGGAGAGAACGCGACGUCAGCCCGUAGUCCGCCGUUGUCGCUUGCGUUCGAUGUCUCACUUUGCUCGGUGGCGUGGUUAGAAGCAACCGCCCUGCACUGCCACUUGCGAUUUUUCAAAAGGCAAUGAAUGGCUCAUGCCCCCUUGAGCAAUGUCUCAUACCCCCGUAAGCGUGGCCUCGCCAUUACGGCGACAGUUACACAAUCUUUGUGGAGCGAGAGGGACCCUCGACCACAUAAUAUGGGAAUGUCCGUACUCUCCCGGGGGAACGCACAAAAUAGGUAGUAAAGACACCUGGGAGACCCUGCUGCGCAGGUCGGACUCUGAGCUCCAGCUCCGGCUCGUCCAACUGGCUGAAGAGGCUGCUGGGACCCAAGACCUCCCAGCCUGCGUCUGAGGCGGCGGCACUCGCCCCCUGAGCUGCGUGUCGGGGGGUGGGUAGAUCACCUUAUGCGUUGGACAAUAAAGUUUAUUCUAUCUAUCU